UGUGUGUGUGUGUGUGUGUGUGUGUGUGUGUGUGUGUGUGUGUGUGUACAGGUGAUUUAUUCCUUGGACGAUACAAAGAAGCACAGCUUGCCAGUGAUCUGAACCAUACAGUAGUUGAAUUUAUUCAUCUGCAACCAUCAUAUGGAUGUCUGGAAGGGGAAUAGGAGUCAUUAUACUCGUGGAUGUGCGGGGGAUAAUCUCACCCCAGUCGCGCUCAUGUGUCAAUGCUUUAUUGAAUAGCCGACUCCAAGCUCUGACAGCUCUAGCUUGCUGUUAGCUUCCGCCCUGCUGGGAGACACGCCUGGGCAGAUUUCACAACCGGUAUCAGCCCGUAAUGGCCGGAAUGACGGACAAUAUUCCUAUGCAGCCGGUACGGCACAAAAAACGCAACGACAACAAACACAAAAUGGGGUGCUGCCCAUGGUCGAGGUGCUGUGGAGCGGGGGAAUUUCGCCCUCGGACAGUAUGGCUAGGCCACCCUGAGAAGAGGGAACAGCGGUACCCGAAGAACGUCAUCAAUAACCAAAAAUAUAAUUUCUUCACCUUUCUGCCUGGGGUGCUGUUUAACCAGUUCAAGUACUUCUUCAAUCUGUACUUUCUGCUGCUGGCCUGCUCUCAGUUUGUGAAUGAACUCAGACUGGGGGCUCUGUACACGUACUGGGUUCCACUGGGCUUUGUUCUGAUCAUCACCAUCGUGAGAGAAGCAGUCGAAGAAAUUCGAUGUUUUCUGCGGGACAAAGAGGUCAAUUCACAGAUUUAUAGCAAGCUCUGCACAAGAGGAACCAUGAAGGUGAAAAGUAGUGGCAUCCAGGUCGGAGAUCUUAUCAUUGUUGAAAAGAAUCAACGUGUUCCUGCUGACAUGAUCUUCCUACGGACCUCCGAAAGGAACGGCUCGUGCUUCCUGAGGACUGACCAGCUGGAUGGAGAAACAGACUGGAAACUGCGCCUCCCAGUGGCCUGCACUCAAAGACUCCCCACUGCGGCAGACCUUCUACAGAUCAGGUCUUUUGUGUACGCUGAGGAACCCAAUAUUGACAUCCAUAACUUCAUCGGGACCUUUACCAGGGAGGACGGAGACCCUCCUGUCAACGAGAGCCUGAGUAUUGAGAAUACGCUGUGGGCCAGCACUGUUGUGGCCUCAGGUACAGUGAUAGGGGUUGUGAUUUAUACCGGCAAAGAACUUCGCAGUGUUAUGAACACGUCCAAUCCAAGAAAUAAGAUUGGCCUUAUCGACCUGGAAGUAAACUGCUUGACCAAGAUUCUGUUCGCGGCCCUGGUGGUGGUCUCUCUGGUCAUGGUGGCUCUGCAGCACUUUGCCGGACGCUGGUACCUCCAGAUCUUCCGUUUCCUGUUGCUCUUUUCCAAUAUAGUGCCCAUCAGUUUGCGUGUGAACCUGGAUAUGGGCAAGAUGGUGUUCAGCUGGAUGAUCAAGAAAGAUUCAAAGAUCCCUGGAACUGUGGUCCGAGCCAGCACCAUCCCAGAGCAGCUUGGACGGAUCUCGUACCUCCUCACUGACAAGACAGGGACGCUCACACAGAAUGAAAUGGUGUUCCGGCGUCUUCAUCUUGGCACCGUGGCGUAUGGGAUGGAUUCCAUGGAUGAAGUGCAGAGUCAUGUGUUCAGCGCCUACACUCAGCCUCCACAUGACCAGCCGGCCUCCAGAGCACCAGCCACCACUAAGGUGAGGAAGACGAUCAGUAGCCGAGUGCACGAGGCGGUGAAGGCCAUUGCCCUGGUGCACAACGUGACACCCGUGUACGAGGGGAACGGCGUGACCGAGCAGGCCGAGGCCGAGCAGCACUACGAGGACACGUGCAGGGUGUAUCAAGCCUCCAGCCCUGACGAGGUGUCACUGGUACAGUGGACUGAGAGUGUUGGACUGACUCUGGUGGGAAGAGAUCAGUCCUCUAUGCAGCUGAGGACCCCUAGUGGUCAAAUCCUCAAUUUCACCAUCCUGCAGAUUUUCCCUUUCACCUACGAGAGCAAGCGCAUGGGAAUCAUAGUGCGUGAUGAGACUACUGGAGAGAUCACAUUUUAUAUGAAAGGAGCUGAUGUCGUGAUGUCUGGAAUAGUACAAUACAACGACUGGUUGGAAGAGGAGUGUGGGAACAUGGCCCGUGAGGGGCUGCGAGUCCUCGUGGUGGCUAAGAAAUCUCUGACAGAGGAGCAGUAUCAGGAUUUUGAGGCGCGCUACGUCCAGGCCAAGUUGAGCGUCCACGACCGCUCGCUUAAGGUGGCCACGGUCCUCGAGAGUCUGGAGAUGGAGAUGGAGCUGCUGUGUCUGACCGGGGUGGAGGACCAGCUACAGGCUGAUGUGCGGCCGACGCUGGAGAUCCUGCGCAAUGCUGGCAUUAAAGUGUGGAUGCUGACGGGAGACAAACUGGAGACAGCCACUUGCACGGCCAAGAACGCCCACUUGGUGACCCGUAAUCAGGACGUCCACGUCUUUAGGCCUGUGACCACACGCAGCGAGGCCCACCUCGAGCUCAACGCUUUCAGGAGGAAGCACGACUGCGCUCUGGUAAUAUCAGGAGACUCUCUUGAGGUAUGCCUGAAGUAUUACGAGUACGAGUUUAUGGAGCUGGCGUGCCAGUGCCCGGCUGUGGUGUGCUGCCGCUGUGCUCCGACGCAGAAAGCUCAGAUCGUCCGGCUGCUGCAGGAGCGCACAGGCAAGCUCACGUGCGCUGUGGGGGACGGAGGAAAUGAUGUCAGCAUGAUCCAGGAAGCUGACUGUGGCGUGGGAGUGGACGGCAAAGAGGGAAAGCAGGCCUCGCUCGCUGCUGAUUUUUCAGUGACUCAGUUUAAGCAUUUGGGCAGACUGCUCAUGGUGCAUGGCCGAAACAGCUACAAGAGAUCUGCUGCCCUCAGUCAGUUUGUCAUUCACAGGAGCCUCUGUAUCAGUACCAUGCAGGCGGUCUUCUCCUCGGUUUUCUACUUUGCAUCAGUUCCUCUCUACCAAGGCUUUCUCAUCAUCGGCUACUCGACGAUCUACACCAUGUUCCCCGUCUUCUCCCUGGUUUUGGAUAAGGAUGUCAAGUCUGAGGUGGCUAUGCUUUAUCCUGAACUUUACAAGGAUCUACUAAAGGGUCGACCACUUUCCUACAAAACGUUCCUCAUAUGGGUUUUGAUCAGUAUCUACCAAGGCAGCAUCAUCAUGUACGGCGCUCUGCUGCUCUUUGAGUCGGAGUUUGUGCACAUCGUGGCAAUUUCAUUCACCUCGCUGAUCUUAACCGAGCUGCUCAUGGUGGCGCUUACUGUGCAGACGUGGCACUGGCUCAUGAUCGUGGCCGAGCUCCUGAGUCUGGCUUGCUACAUCGCUUCACUCGUCUUCUUACACGAAUUCAUUGAUGUGUAUUUCAUCACCACGCUGUCGUUCGUUUGGAAGGUGACCGCCAUCACGCUGGUCAGCUGCUUGCCACUGUACAUCCUGAAAUACCUGCGCAGACGCUUCUCGCCUCCCAGCUACUCCAAGCUGACCUCCUAGAGCUCAUCAGCAAGAAAUACUUUAUGAACAGAAAGACACGUUACUGGGGAGAUGUUUAUUUACUGUUUCUGGAAGGAGUCUCCAGUGUUAGUGCUUCGUACCAGUCAGAGGUAAAGCUGCUCCUUUCAGUUUUCCGAUAACGGAACCACUGUUUAACUGAUAACACUAAGUGUAACUCUACUGAAGCACAACAGUUAAAUGUAAUUAUAAACAGAUUUGAAAAAAAUAAUUUGGUGCAUUUUUCAACAUUGUAGAAGGGCAUGUGUGAGUUAAUGGCAUGUGGUGAGAGCAGAUCACAUCUCAAUCUCUGCUGUGUAAUGUAGAAACUAGACUCUUUUUUUUUUUUUUUUAAAGUAUGUGUUUGCAAUGAUAAAAUGCAUGUCUCUGCUUUAUCGCACUGCAGGUUCCCUCACAAUCUGAAGUCUCCACUCUUCCAAGAGCACUUUGGAUUAAUGCAGAAUAUUGCCCUCGGGUCUCUCCCUCUAAUUGUCUGUGUGUAUAUGUCUGUCUAGGUCUGUUCAAGUGAUCAAAAACCUGUAAUUCCUUGCUGUUGGGUAUAUUUGUUUACGCUUUAUAAUUAGUGUUUGUUAUACAGGUGAGUUCUAGCAUUUACGUUCUAGCACUACGUUGUAGUCAUAUAACAGGACAGGACUGGCGUCUCACUCAGGGUGUGUUUUCGCCUCACACCCAGUGUUUCAGGGAUAGGCUCCGGAUCCAGCACCGACCAGGAUAAAGCUAUUACCGAAGAUGAAUGAACGAAUGAAAAUAAUAAGGCAGUUUAAAUUAUGCUCGGUAAUUACCAACAUUAUUGGUGACAUUUAGCACCAAACUAAUUUUUUUUUUAAAAAUCUUAUUGCUGUUUCCAAUUUUAUUGCUAUUUAUUAGUUGUAAUAAAUACGUGUUAUUUGUUUGUACACUUGCUGGCAACUUUAAUAGCCACACUUCUACCACUGCUUAUGUAUGCAGUUAUCCAAUCAACCAAUCAUGUGGCAGCAGCGCAGUGCGUAAAAUCACACAGAUACAGGUCAAUAGCUUCUGUUAAUGUUCGUGUCAAACAUCAGAAUAGGGUACAAAUAUGAUCUCACUGACUUUGACCGUGGCCUGGUUGUUCGUGCCAGACAAAACUGCUGAUCUCUUGGAAUCUUCACGCACAAUAGUCUCUGGAGUUUACACAGAACGGUGCAUUAAAAAAAAACAUCCAGUGAGCAGCCGUUCUUCGGGUGGAAAUGGCUUGUUGAUGAGAAAGGUCAGAGGAGAAUGGCCAGACUGGUUGGAGCUCACAGGAAGGCAACGGUAACUGAAAUAAUCGCUCUUUACAACUCUGAACAGAAAAGCGUCUCGGAACAACAACAGCAGAAGUGUCUACUCGUGUCAGCCAAGAACAGGAAUCGAAGGCUACAGUCACAGACUCGGAUGUUAUGCAUGGCGCUUCCACCACGUGACUGGCUGAUUGGAUAACUGAACGAAUAAACAGAUGUUCCUAUUAAAGUGUCCAGUGAGUUUAUAUUAUACUGGGUUGUUUUUUUUUUGUUUUUUUUUCUCCCUCUAAUAUCCUUCAACACGCACCCACCCUUUCGUGUUUUGGUGUCGGUAUCGAUUUUGACUUGUCCUGACUAGGAUAAGUGCUAUUUUAUGUAUUUAGCUGUUUUCCUAUCAACCCUAUCCCAAGGGUGUGACAGAAAGAAUCGUUGAGGAGUGACAGUGAUUGGUGUUUGUCUCUCCAUCUCACGCUUUCAGAGUCUCACCACUCCUCGUAAAAACAGCCGUGGAGGAUAAAUCCAGAAACAGACACUUUUUGUGCAUUAAUCCCUGUGUGGGUGAUCGGGGCAGACUUGUCUUUUCCCAUUCACACUGGAAACAGGUCAGGAUUUUGAAUAGAUUCUUUUUGUGUGAGGGGAUACUAGAUUUUAUUUCAGCUGCUUUAAAUGAUUGUUCCUACUGGUGUGGAAAAAUACCAGCUAAUUCAUUUUUUCCCAGUGAAGCCAUGCAUUAAAUUUCUUCACACAGCCAUUUGCGGAUCGGAUUUACCGAGCUUGGACAGCAGUGGUGUUUCGUCCUACAUAAUUGACAGAACUCAACACUGAAAAAAUGUCUUAAGUCACUUUUUUGUCCAGUUUGAGUGGAAAACAGCCUUAUUCAGUUUUGAAUUAUUAAGCAGCACUGUUGUUCUUUUUUUAUUAUUAUUAUUAUUAUUAUUAUUAUAACACCUGCAUAUUACUGACUGUUCUGUGUUUUAAUUAGGACGUAGGAUUGCGGGGCAUAAUGCAAUGUUAAUGAAUAGAAUUUCACAAGAAGAUGCCUUUAUUUGUCACGUAUACAUUACAGCACAGUGAAAUUCUUUUCUUUGCAUAUCCUACCUUGUUAGAAAGCUGGGGUCAGAGCACAGGUUUGGCCAUGAUACAGCACCUCUGGAGUAGAGAGGGUUAAGGGCCUUGCUCAAGGGCCCAACAGUAGCGGCUUGACAGUGCUGAGGCUUGAACCCCCGACCUUCUGAUUAUUAACCCAGAGCCUUAACCGUUGCGAAACCACUGCCCUCAACACUUACAGAUGUGUAACAGCUGUGUGUUUGGAGUUUCAGAUGUUCUCUUCAUGUCCAUGGCCCUGUUCACACCUGGUAUUAAUGUCCGUCUAGACCAGGGGGGUCCAAUCUUAUCCAGAAAGGGCCGGUGCAGGUUUUCAUUCUAACCAAGCAGGAGGCACACCUGAUUCCACCUGUUCAAUCAGUUGAGCCUGGCUUUCAAUAGAUUCAGGUGUGGCUUCUGAUUGGUUGGAAUGAAAACCUGCACCCACACCGGCCCUUUCCGGAUACGAUUGCCCACCCCUGGUCCAAAGCAAUCCGAUCAAGCAGGUAGCCAAAACACGUAACCGUUCACACAUGGCACUUUGAAUGCGUUUCCAGUGAUCACUUGGGAUCGGAUUCCAUACGUCAUUUCCGCUGGAGGAAGGUGUCGCGCACACUGAUUACACCAGUCUUUCUCUGCGUUUGAUUUCACACAGAAAUGGCCUCCGAAUCCUAUCUCGUGUAACUCUAUAGGGUGUUUUCAAAUGUUUCGAUUGCAUGGUCUGCUAAUGAAACUUUUAAUUGAACA